GCACGGAGCUCAAAGCCCAAAAAGGCAGCCAAACGGUGCCUGAUUCAAUAUAAACCCAGCAGUGGUAGUCUUAAUUAAUGCCUCUUCUCACGCUGGCGAGCGCUUCGAUGCGUGCUUGAAGAAUACGGCACCCAGGAGCCACAGAGCACACAGAGCAUUUUGGACAGCUCUGCUCUCAGAGUCAGAGCACUGCGCGCGUAAGACAAUGCGCCAGACGCCGCCACCCACACCGUCGGCGCGGUCGCCGCGCCGCAGAGCAGGCUCCAUCUCGUCGGCAGCCCACACCGGAAAGAACUACGUCUUAGUCCUCGUAGGACUAUUAGCGGCUGGCUUAGUCCUGGAGUGCGCACGCCAUUUGAUACGACGCGACGAGCCCGCACCACCGCUCGAAGCAGACGAAACAAACUACCUCCCCGACCCGCGCACGAAAUUAUCACCAGGAGACACCGUCAACGCCUACGAGCUCGUGUCGCUGGCGGGCCAGGCCGGCGGCAACAAGCUCCCGGCGCCGAUCGAGGGGAUUACGCACUUCACGCCGGCCUUGCCCCAUCCUCGAGAUGCCUGCGCAUUGACGGAGAGCGAGCCCGGCGCCCAGACGUCGUUCCGCUGGGCCAUCAAGAGACGUUUGAACAGAGGCGCGCACGGCGAGGUCUGGGCUGCAACUAGAGAGGAGAGGGACUAUGUGCUGAAGCGCAUGUUUUUGGAGAAAGGAGCACACGUACGUUUAGCUGCGGCUCGGGAAGCGUGGUUCGGUGCGGCUCUGGGCGGUCAUUUUGUGGAGAGUUUCGCGACAGCUAGAGGCGACGUGUGGCUGGUCUUCGAACACGCUGGUCGAUCAUUACAUGAUCAUCUGUUCGAGGCCGAUCCUACCAUCGGGGUACUGAGACCUACAAGGGCCUGGCGCCAAUUGCGGUUGGAUGCUGAUGGGCCUCGCAAAUUCGCGGAAUUAUGUGUGGGGCUCCUCGAGGCGACGGCGGCCGUGCACGCGGCGGGCGUCGUGCACCGCGACGUGAGUUGCGGCGUCGCGUUUUUCCUUCGACCCGCGACCUCGACGCCAUCGACGCGGUCGCGGCGAUGGCGUAUGGGGGGCGCCAGGCGCCAUCGACGCGACGCCCGCGCGCAGGUCAAGCCCUCGAACAUAGCUAUUGAUGUGACCGACGAAGGCUACAUGAAGGUGACGCUGCUCGACUUUUCCAGCGCUUGGAGCCGCGAGGCGGAAAGUGCCGGGUUGUACGGCUCGACGGGCCCGUCGCGCGACGAGGAGACCGUCGAGUACAUGCCUCCUGAAAGGUUACUCGACGACGGGACGAAGACGCCGUCCCCUUCCCAGGACGCCUGGGCGAUUGGUGUCGUCUUGCUGGAGGUAUUACUCGGGACGCGCCAGGCCUUCCAGGUGGAUCCACGGACAAGAGCAUUCGUAGAAAAAAGCCUGCGAGGGCGGUCGCGUUUUGAAAUUGAGAAGGCGCUGCUCGAAGCGGCCCUGGCCGAUCUGUGCGUCUUGCCCAAGGACGCGACGCCCUGCGCGCCGACGGAUCUACUGGACGAGCUCCAGGAGCGCGACCCGCUGGAGGUCGGCUUCGCGUCGUACCUCGGCGUCGACGGCGCCGACUUCAUCUCCUCGUUACUAGCGAGGGACCCUUUGGAGAGAGCCCUCCCGGCCCAGGCCCUGAACCACCCGUUCCUCCGGCGCGCCGCGGAGCAGCUCUUCGAGAACGUCCGGCGCAUCGACGCGCCCGCGUCCUUGCUGGUCGAGGCGCCCAGUCGCGCAUUAGAUGCCCCCUACUAUACGCUACCCGGCGUGAGGCGGCGCUUCGACGUCUGGGAGUCGUGCCGGCGCUUCGCGGAGUUGAAGAACAUGACGGCGUUUUGUGAGUACGAUGCAAGAUCGUUGCCGCCCUGCUUAUCAGCACAACGCUUCGAGAUCGACCAGGAGAGCCACUACGGAUUAUGUGACUUGAGGGGGCGGCGGGCGCGCAUCGAAGACCACCACGCGGUCGUGUAUGAUGACCAUUACGCGUUGUGGGGCGUCUUCGACGGGCACGGUGGUAGGGCCGCCGCGCGGUAUUCUGCUCGAGAAUUGCCCGCGGCGUUAUCCACUUUUGGUGACGACGAUAUAAGGGCCGCGUUUCACAGCGUCGAUGCGGCGUUCGACGAUCCGAAGCACGACAAGUCGGGCAGCACGGCGACGGUCGCGGUCGUCGUCAAUCAAUCCCUUGUCGUGGCGAACGUCGGCGACUCGAGAGCUAUAGCCUGCUGCCCGUUGGUCGUUUUGACGGAGGACCACGUCGCGUCGGACGCAAGCGAAGCUUCACGUAUUAAUCAGCUGGGCGGGACCAUUGUUGAAAAACGGGUCGAGGACCGCGUCGUGCUCACGCGAAGUAUCGGAAAUCGGGCGCUCGAUCCCUUGUUGAUCGCGGAGCCUUAUAUCACGCGCUAUCCGUUAUCGUCGUUCCGGUACCUGAUCGUGGCCACGGACGGGCUCUGGGACGUCGUCUCCAACGACGAGGCGGCGCGGUUCGUCGGCGAAAGACUGGACGGGUCCGUCGACGCGGCGCAGCGCGCGGCGAAGGCCCUCGCGCACGAGGCGCUCGUGCGCCAGUCGACGGACAACGUGUGUGUGAUUGUGGUCGAUCUGGAGGCGCAUGGCUCGUAG